UUCAUUGCUCGUCUUCGACGAUGUGGCUGCGCGUAACGAUCGCUCUUCUCCUGGCCUGCGUGGCCAUGACUCUGGCCCAGGGCGAUGGACGCUAUCGUCCUCAGCCCACGCGGGCUGCCGCCGCCGGAGACGGACGCUAUCGAGGAGGUAACGAUGGCAGGUACACGGGCAGCAGCGAUGGCCGGUAUCGUGGUGGCAACGAUGGCAGGUAUUCCGGCGGAAAUGAUGGACGCUAUGUCCACCAGGACAACAAGUACCAGCAUGACGAUCGUCCUGGAGGGGCUUACUCGGGAGACCAAGGACGCUAUGUGGGUGACAAGAACAGGGGCGGUGGUGCCGGAGGAGGCGGCGGAGCAGGAGCAGGCGGUGGUGCAGCUUUCGGCGGAGGAGGGGCAGCCGGGGCAGCCAGAACCACAGCCCGGCCCAAGCCGCGUCCAAGUACUCCAGCUCUACCGGCGGUGCCCGAUCCCACUGCAAAUUUACCAAAGGGACGCGGCACUGGUGAAGGUGGCAAUGGUUGGGCCAUUAUCCGCCAGGAGGAUGAUGUGGAUCAGGACGGCUAUCACUAUCUAUGGGAGACGGAGAACGGCAUCCUGGCCGAGGAGAGUGGCCGCAUAGAGAAGCUGACCGAGGAGGAUGGCCUGCGCUCCAAGGGUUUCUACGAGUACACCGGCGACGAUGGCAUCCUCUAUCGCGUGGAUUACGUGGCGGAUGACAAUGGCUUCGUGCCCAGUGCCGCCCACCUGCCCACAGCUCCACCUGCACCACCAUAUGUGGCCAAAUUGUUGGAGUAUCUCGAAGCAAAUGCCAAGAAGAAGAAAUAAAUGUGUUGUAGAAAUGUCAGAGGUUAAUGAAAUAAAUAAUGUGCCAUAAAUAA